CCGCCCGAGCCUCGUGGCUGCGCACGGGGACGCGCUCCGGGGACGCGCUCCAGGCGGCGGCUGCGCGCAGGGCCCCCGUGGCGGGAGAAGCGCUUCCGGUGGCCGCGGAGGCGGCGCUGAGCGGGUCCAGCGAGCGGCUCGGCUGCAGCCAGGGAAGCGUCCAGGACCAUGUCUGGAGAACUUCCACCAAACAUUAACAUCAAGGAACCUCGAUGGGAUCAGAGCACCUUUGUUGGACGAGCCAAUCAUUUCUUCACUGUAACAGACCCCAGGAAUAUUCUGUUAACCAAUGAACAACUAGAGAAUGCAAGAAAAAUAGUGCAUGAUUACAGACAAGGAAUUGUUCCUCCAGGUCUCACAGCAAAUGAAUUAUGGAGAGCAAAGUACAUCUAUGAUUCAGCUUUUCAUCCCGACACUGGCGAGAAGAUGAUUUUGAUAGGAAGAAUGUCAGCUCAGGUUCCAAUGAACAUGACCAUCACAGGUUGUAUGAUGACAUUUUAUAGGACCACACCGGCCGUGCUCUUCUGGCAGUGGGUUAACCAGUCCUUCAAUGCCGUGGUCAAUUACACCAACAGAAGUGGAGACGCCCCCCUCACUAUGAAUGAAUUGGGAACAGCUUAUGUUUCUGCAACUACUGGCGCUGUAGCAACAGCUCUAGGACUCAAUGCAUUAACCAAGCAUGUCUCACCACUCAUAGGACGUUUUGUUCCCUUUGCUGCGGUAGCUGCUGCUAACUGUAUUAAUAUUCCAUUAAUGAGGCAAAGGGAACUCAAAGUUGGCAUUCCUGUCACAGAUGAAAAUGGGAACCGCUUGGGUGAGUCAGCAAAUGCUGCAAAACAAGCCAUCACCCAGGUCGUCGUCUCUAGGAUUCUCAUGGCAGCCCCUGGCAUGGCCAUCCCUCCAUUUAUCAUGAAUACUCUGGAAAAGAAAGCCUUCCUAAAGAAAGCAUGCUGUGAAGACACCGUUAUGUUGAGCGCCUCAUUUGACCAAUGUGCCUGGGCUGUCACCUGCCGAUGCACCAAUGCCAUGUAAGGGAAUGGGGCCCUCCGCCUCUCAUAUCCUCUCCUGCAAGCUUUGGACCUGUGGAGGAAUUAUAUUCCCUGAGCCGCUGCUCCUAGCCGUCUUGCAUGUCAGUAUGAACCAGUGGUGGAGUGUCGUGGUGGCUCCGUAGUGAACUGUCCCACUGCUCCCUGGAGUGUUCCCAGGGAAAGCCACAGACCCUGGCCUAUUCCCAGGAAGCUGCGCCCUCACAAGCCCUGAGUCCCCUUCCAUUUCUUGUGUGGCUUCUGACAGCCUUAAGCAAAAAUACAGAUGUUACAUAUAUUCAAGCAGUAAAGCUAUUCAUGUAAACCAAAAUGUAACUAUAGCCUCAUUUGACAUUUUACCCACUUACAGAAGUUAUUUUGAGAAUUCAUGGAAAUGUUCUGCCAAAGUCUCUUUCCGGUGCAAAGUUUAGGAAAGAUAACUCUUAAAUACUGCUAAUGGAUUAGUUUACAUACUCAGUGACGACAUCUUAAAAAUAUCAAAUUACAUAAACCUUUGGAAUUCACCAACUUUGACAUUUCCUUGCUUUUCAGAUAAUAUGGAAAAAAUUAAUGUUCCUUCCUCUACCCAUCCUGCUUUACUUGUGGAAGUGAUUUAGGCUUUGAGGGAGAAAACCUAUCAAAUGAAUUGAUAAUGGGGUCAGUCAACAUCUUUCUCCAGGACAUUAGGAGUGGGUGGCCCACUCAGUGGGCCCAUAGCUUUGCAGACAUUGAAUUGAUGCCUUGUGUUUUCUGCUGGCUCUUGAUCUGAUAAAUGAUAAGGAUUACAGUAUUUCUGCAAAGACACAUAUUGACUCAGACAGUCUUUUGACUUGCCUGGUCGUUAAUUUUUAAGGUAUCCGCAUGUCAGCUUCAGAAACAAUGGAAAAUCAAAAAUGGAUUUAAUAAACCUAACCUUCCACUCCUGCUAAAUUCAAGCAAAAUCAUUUUUUUUAAAGCAAUACCAGAUUUCUAGGUAGAUAUAAGACUUGGAAACUAUCAUCUUGCCAUGUUAGUUUGUCGGACAUAAAAAUGACAGCUUUUGGGAUAGAGGAGCAGUAAAUGUGGAUCAUUCCACCAAUAGUGUAACAGUGUUAGGAUUGUCAUGAACUUGCAGAUGACUGUGAAAGCAGUUUGGAGGCCACCUUCAGUGGCAACAUCCCCACUCUUGAAGCUUUUACAGUCCUUUCUCUCAACGUUUCAAUUGCCUCCCAACCCCUAGUGUGGAGUAGAAGCUCCCAACCUUGCCACUGAUGGUGGGACAUUAGGCCACGGAGUCUGCCCUCAGCCUGUGAGGACUGGCCACACUCUAGCUGCUAGCACGUGUCCUGAUCAUGGCUUGGAUUUCCAGAAGUUCUACCCCAAAAAGUCUGCUUUUGAACUUAUAUUAAUGCUGCAAAGUUAGGACACUGGGGAAAACGUGAAAUGAAGUUGGUUUUUCACCCUCCGAAUUCAGUCACGCCCCUGAACUCCUGGGAUCUUAAUGCCGAAAAGUUGCCCCUUUUACUCUGAUUUCUCAGUGACGAACACUGGACAAAAAACAUAGUUGGCAUACUGCCAGAUUUUCUUUCUUUGACAGAAAUUGCCAUAGGGCCAGCCUGUCAUUUUCUUACAUGAAGGAACCAGCAAAUGGUACAAGAAGGUAGCCCACAAUGGCCACACUGUCCUUUUCCACAAUAAUAAAUGAAUAAACUUUGAGUUUUCCUCCCUCAUCGUAGUUUGCAGUUUUUAGCUUUGCUUAAUACUGGACCCUUCAGUAAUAAUUUGGAGGUGUGCCACCUCGCCUACCCUUCACAAGGAAGCUGUCAGCCUGCCCAAACUCCAACACUGAAGGGCGUCACCCAGAGCCAGAAGGGGUCAUUGGCUUCAGAACCCUUGUGGUAAGCUCAGAAGAGGCAGAGUAACUCAGGGGUCAGUCCUAGCACCUCGCUGGCUGUAGGGGGUCUGGCUGUAGCUGGGCUCCCUCAGCCUCAGCAGAGAAAAAGCCAUGGCUAAGUGUUGUUGAGCUACUCAUAAACACAUACAUUCCUAAGUUCAGGACUGCUGUUACGCUGACAUUGCAUUUUGCCCCCGUAGAGAGGAACAUAGGAUUUAAUUGAUAAAAUAGCUGUUACCAAACCAUAGGCAGAGGCAGCUUACAUUACUAUCCAUGUGUUUCCAUCUUCAGAGCACUUUCAAAUGCUAUUCUGAAAAGCAGGCUUUGCUGUGCCCCUGUUACAAAGGUUCCACAGGUCAUUUCUCAGCAGUUUAUAAUUUCUGCUCGGUUGGCCCUCUGAUUGCUCCCACAGCUCCAGUGGCCAGAGGUGCCUCUUUGCAAGGAUGUACUUAUCUGGGCUUUUACCUUGGAUAUGACCAAACUCCUCUUCAAACAUGAAAUGACCAUUCUUGGCUUUUUUAAACGGGGAGCUUGGGGAGCAUUCUACAUGAGCCCUCCUCCCCUACCCCUUAUCUUCUCCUGAGUGGAAUGCUGGAGGAAGCAUAGCUGUAGGCAGGUGACCCACAGAAAUCUUGCAGUACAUCAGAAAGUCCACUGACUAAAAUCUGGUACUUCAAACAAUGGCUUUCUUGAAGGAUUGUUCCUGUGGUCUCUUUAACUUGCUGGCAUUUGCAUUGGGAAGAAAAUUGAUGUGCGUUGGGUCAGAUCAUAGUUCCUCAUCCCUUAAGUUCUCCUUUGUCUGUAUUCCUUUGAUAGCAGGGAACUGUUCCAUCUACUCAGUAGAUUUUCAGGAUUGUCUGCGAUAGAGUGUUGAAUGUAGCAUUUAUUUGUUCAUUCAUUCAUUUGCUUAGUCAGCAUCCCUUUGCUGAACACCUGUUGACUGCCAAGCAGAGCGCUAGGUGCUAGAAUCAUAGAAACAAGGCUUGAGCCAUGCUGUUGGGAGCUGUGUAGCAUGGUGAUGGAAAGAGGUGGUCCAGUCCGUGCUGAUUACACCACAAGGCACAGAGUGGCGAAGAAUCCCCCCAACUGUGGUAAGUGGGUUGAGACUUGAAUAGGACUGUUCAAGGGCACAUGCUCUGCAGAAGCUCAGGGAAGAAACAGCAUGGUUUGUUGGGAGAUUUGUGGAUGGUCAGGUUGCCUGGCCAUGUGGAGGAAAUUGACUGUAUCACAUACAAAAGUGAAUGCCCACUGAUUCAUAGACUCUAAAUGUAAAAAUCUCCAACUGUAAAACUUCAAGAAGAAAAGAUAAUAGACCAUUUUUGAGAUCUAGAGUUAGGCCAAGAUUUCCUGACACAACAAAGGCACAGUGUAAAAUAAAACUGAUAAAUUGGACCUUAUCAAAAUGAAGUUAAAAUUCCAUUAAAGAAAAUGAAAAAACAAGAAACAGACUAGGAGAAAACUUAUGCAAAGCAUGUAUCUGAUAAAGAACUUGUAUCCAGAAUAUAUAAAGAACCUUCAACACUCAUUCAAGAAAACCCAAUAAAAAAUGGGCAAUGUGAUUGAACAGAUACUUUACCAAAUAUAUAUGGAUAUCAAAUAAGCACAUAAAAAGAUGCUAAGUAUCUUUAGUUAUUGGGGAAAUUCACAUUAGAACUACAUGAGCUACCACUAAACACCUAUUAGAAUGUCUAAAAUAAAGAAGACUGCCCCAGAAAUGCAAAUCAAAACCACAAUGAGAUAAUGCCUCUCCAUUAGAAUGGCCACUAUCCCAAAGUCAAGAAAUAACAAGAGUUGGCAAGGAUGUGGAGAAAAGGGCACCCUCCUACACUAUUGAAUGUAAAUUGGUGCAUCCACUAUGGGAAGCAGUAUGGAGGUUCCUCAAAAAAUUAAAAAAAGAAAUACCAUACUACUAAUAAUUCCACUUCCAGGAAUUUACCUGAAGAAAAUAAAAUCCUAUUCAAAAACAUAUAUGCACCCCUAUGUUUAUUGCCACAUUACUUACAAUAGCCAAGAUAUGGAAGCAACUAAAGUGUCCAUUAAUAAAUGAAUGGAUAAAGAAGAGGUGGCACAUAUACACAAUGAAUUAUUAUUCAGCCAUAAAAAAGAAUGAAAUCCUGCCAUUUGCAACAACAUAAAUAGACCUAAAGGGUAUUAUGCUCAGUGAGAUAAGCCAGGUACAGAAAGAUAAAUACCAUAUGAUUUCACUUACAUGUGAAAUCUAAAAACAAAAUAAAACAAAAUGAACAAAACAGUAGUAGACUCUUAGACAGUGAGGAGUGACUGGUGGUUAUCAUGGAGGAGGGGUUGGGGUAUGUGGGUGGAGAGAUUGAGGGGGAUAAAAGGGCACAGAAAUCUCAAUCAUAAUGUAAGUUGGUCACAGGGAUGGUAGUACAGCAUAGAGAAUACAGUCAGUGAUUCUGUAACAUCUUUCUGUGUUGACAGAUAGUAACCAUACUAGUGGAGGUGAGGAUUUAAUGUGGGUAACUGUUGAACCACUGUGUUUUAUACUUGAAACCAGUGUAAUAUU